AAUUUAGAGAGAACCCAAAUCCCAGAUACCACAACACAACACUACACUUUGGUCGUGUUUCAUCUUUUUCUCCGAGAAAGAGCCACCCCACGUUUCACUUUCACUUUUUAUUUUCUGCUUUGGGAAAUGAUGCCAUUGUCGUCCCUCGCAAAGCAAAACCCCAUCAUCAGACUCUAGUCCAUUCUCGCUUUCCUCUUCCCCCCCUUUUGAGCACGUAAGAAUCCUCCGAUUCUGAACCGAGGCACGUGACGUGUGCUCGAGCGUGUGUGUGUUUUUGGCCAUGGAGAAGGAAGAGGACAAGUACGCGAAGGAAUUGGAAGUGGCCGUUAGGGUGGUCCACGUGGCGUGUGCUCUCUGCGGGAGGGUGCAGGAGAGGCUCCUUGCCACCACCAAUGAUCACGUUGUGGCCAAGGAUGAUGAUUCUCCCGUUACUGUCGCAGACUUUAGUGUUCAAGCAACUAUUAGUUGGUUACUAUCAGAAAUUUUGGGGGUUCAAAAUGUGUCAAUCGUUGCCGAAGAAGACAUAGAAACCAUCUCCAAGGAUGAAUCAGCAAGCUUACUGGAAGCUGUUGUGAAUACUGUGAAUGAAUCUUUGGCUUUUGCAUCCAAGUAUGGUCUUCAAUGUCCAGAGACAACUCUAGGGACGCCUGAAGUUCUUGAGGCCAUUGCCCGUUGCAACUCAACUGGAGGCCCCAGGGGAAGAUAUUGGGUACUUGACCCUGUUGAUGGCACAUUAGGAUUUGUACGUGGCGAUCAGUAUGCUGUUGCUCUAGCUCUGAUUGAGGAUGGAAAAGUUGUUCUUGGAGUUCUGGGGUGUCCUAAUUACCCAGUAAAGAUAGAAUGGCUUAAUUAUCAUUACCAGCAUCAUCAAACAAUGCCAGAGUCGUCUCUAAAAACUCCUGAUACCGGGGGAAAAGGAUGUGUAUUGUAUGCAAGAAAAGGCAGUGGUGAGGCAUGGCUGCAGUCAUUAAUUGAUGGAGAUAACAUGCUAGAGUGGCCAAAUUGUGCUAGGCUUAUUCGUGUUUCUUCGAUUGAUGAUCCGGCAUUGGCAACUCUCUGUGAACCAGUGGAAAGGGCAAACUCAAACCAUUCAUUCACAGCUGGACUUGCUCACAGUGUGGGACUUAGAAAACAGCCCUUGCGCGUGCACAGCAUGGUAAAAUACGCAGCAAUAGCCCGAGGAGACGCGGAGAUAUUCAUGAAAUUUGCAAAGUGCGGCUACAAGGAGAAGAUAUGGGAUCAUGCUGCUGGUGUUGUUAUUGUUGAAGAGGCUGGUGGUGUGGUAACUGAUGCCGGGGGGCGCCCACUGGACUUUUCAAAGGGAAUGUACUUAGAAGGUCUUGACAGAGGCAUAAUUGCAUGCUCUGGUGUCGCAUUGCAUGAAAAAUUAAUUGAUGCUGUUUAUGCUAGCUGGGACUCCUCAAAUUUAUGAGCCUUUCUUUCCUCUAUCAAUAAGGCAAAAUUUUGGCAGAGGCAAUUUGGAUUACUUAUUUUCUUAAUCUUUUUUUUUUUGUAUGCAUAUUAGUAGACAGUAACUAGCUAACUUUCCUCUAUACAGAUAGCAUAUAUUGUAUUAAACUGAAGAUACUUUUAUAUGAGGGAUUUAGCUCCUGUAUGAAACAAGGGAGUAUACUUUAAAGGAAAAAAGAAUAAUUAUAACCAUUGAUUUA